AGUGCGUGGGUAAUUCAUGCUGCUCAAAGCAGGCUCAAACAGCUCUUGUCGGACAGGAACGCAAAGUCUAGAUCAGUAGAAAUGUCAGAAGUUCAAGGUACCUCUGCAUCGGAAUCACCGAUCAAGUUUGACGCAAACAGUGACAAUGGGUUGAUAAUAACAGACAAAUACUUGCCUGAAGAAUUACUGAGUGAGAUCUUAUUCUAUGUCGAUCCGAAGACUAUGUUGAACUGCCACCUGGUCUGCAAGCGUUGGUACUCAAUACUGCGUACCUAUGUCUGGCGAAAGAAGGCCGAAGCUAUUAUGGGAAAGCGAUUGCACUUUGAUGGAGAAUUUUCUUGGUUUUUGUACUACGUAAUAUGCAAUAAAAAUCCUAUAGGAAAAAAUUUACUCAAAAAUCACUCUGGUAAAGAUGGACGGAAAAAAUUUUGGAGGAUACUGCGUGAUGGUGGCCAACAGUGGAAUGUCGAAUGUCCUCCAACUGGUGUCCCAGAGCUACCAAGCUCAGAGCCAUUCUUUAAGAAUGAACAAUAUUGUUUUGUUACUUCCUUCCGCGACUGCACCAAAGAACAAACUGUUAAUUUAGUUUCCAAUGGAUUACCACCGAAAUUUUUAGAUCAAUUUCAGCCACCUAUCAUGAUAAGCGAGUGGUACAGUUGCAGAUGGGAUUGUCCAGCAGCUUACAAAUGUUCCGCUCACUUGAAAAAUGAAUCUGGUAAAGUCCUGGAUGAAUUUCAUUUUGAAAAUAUUCUUGUAGGUGAAUUGCAGAAUACUUGGUUUCAAGUCCAACACGAAUUCACCAACUAUGGACCUGGAUUGAGAAAAGUGACCUUUUUGCAUGAAGGUGUCGACCGAAAAUUUUGGGCUGGACAUUAUGGUAGCAAAAUGGCUGGAGCAUGCGUCAAAGUAAAUCUGCCGAAGCAGAAGCCUACGGAGUAUGAAGAGGCCGCCGAUAUUCUCUUAGAGUCAUAGUAAUAGAAUUGGUCACACUUAAGCAUUUUACAGGCUGUGUUAACAUGAUAAGGAAUUACGUCU